AUGGACCGACUAGCCCGUGUGUUCACGCGUUACCGCUAUACUGGCAUCUGGGUCGUGGGGUUUUUGGUGGGUCUCUGUACUGGCUUGGGAGCUCUGGCACUAGCGAGAGCUCAUCGAGCGCUUGAGCGUGCCAGCAUCCGACGCAAAGUGGCUCGAUCAUCGCCGAACAACGACUUUGUGCCAAUUCAACUUCAACAGAGUCAUUCGAUCGUCUCAGGCGUCGAAGGCAUGAUCGGCAAUACGCCCCUUGUGCGUAUCAGGAGUCUAUCAGAUCUGACAGGCUGCGAGAUCCUAGGCAAAGCGGAAUUUGUGAACCCUGGAGGCAGCCCCAAGGACCGUGUAGCAUUGCAAAUCAUCACAGAGGCCGAAAAAGAUGAGCUGCUCGUACCACACACGGGGUCGUGGAUUUUCGAAGGUACCGUAGGCUCAACGGGUAUAUCGCUAGCUACGUUGGCUUGUGCCAAAGGCUACCGCUGCUGUAUUGUUGUGCCGGAUGAUGUGGCCGAAGAAAAAGCCACUCUGCUGCGUCGGUUGGGCGCAGUUGUGGAAGCAGUGCGUCCGCGGGGUAUUGUGGAUCCGCGCCACUUUGUCAAUGAGGCACGGACGCGUGCGCAGUCCUGGAAGCCGAAUCGCCAUGAGCCGUGUGCUCGGGCAUUUUUCGCCGACCAGUUCGAGACGGAUGCCAAUUUUUCCGCACACUAUGAACACACAGGUCCAGAAAUAUGGACACAAACGCAGGGACACGUGGAUGCCUUUGUCGCUGGCACCGGGACGGGUGGCACGCUCUCGGGCGUGUCGGCCUACCUCAAAGAGGUGAGUCCGUCGGUCCUCACAGUCGCCGCCGAUCCACCGGGCUCGGGCGUGUACAAUCGCAUCCAGUAUGGCGUCAUGUACAAUGCCACCGAAGCAGAAGGCACGCGCCGCCGACAUCAAGUUGAUACCGUGGUAGAAGGCAUUGGACUCAACCGUCUUACGCGCAAUCUGGAGCUGGGCUUGCCGUUUAUUGAUGCCGCUGAGCGUGUGACGGACGAUGAAGCUGUGCGCAUGUCGCGGUGGCUUUCGACGCAUGAUGGCCUGUUCCUAGGCUCAUCGUCCGCCGUGCAUUGCGUCGCAGCUGUCCGCACAGCGCUUCGUCUGAAGGCGCAGCGCCCUGAUACUCGACCUGUCGUCGUCACGAUUCUCGCCGAUUCUGGCUCACGACAUCUGUCCAAGUUUCAGAACGACGAGGCCAUGCAGGCUCGUGGACUCAACGUGGUAGCUGACAUUGCUGAUAUCCUAGCGCCAUUAUGA